GAUCAGGGUAACUUUAGUUGUCGAGUGCGCCAUGCUUCCCAAUUUAUGGUUUCCAUUUGGUUCAUUGUCUUACAUUCCUCAUUAGUAUGGCUGACGAUGCUGAUCGAAAUGUUUGGGAUGUUCUUGGCGUGUCAAACGGCAGCGAUCGUGUGGUCAUUCAAGGAAGAGAGCAAUCUUUGUAAGCAACAUGCUUGGCGUCUCCGUGAUCAAUCGACUGAAUCGCGUGUGAAUAUUCUGUUAUUUCUCUCUUCUAAGGUGCUCUAAUGGGAUUCACGUGGGUGAAACGGAGAAAGAAAACUCUGCUGGUAAUCAAGAAGCAUCCCCUGAUGAGAAGGUAAUUUUACUUUAGUCAAAGAUGAACAGCUUAACACACAGACUACAGAACACGCCACGCGAGAACAGACUGGAUAUCAUGUGCUUUUAGUUACUGAAUUCCGAGACGUAUUUCAGAGUACGCAAUGUAAAUGGCUGUUUGAUUAGGCUUGCAGCUUCGGAAGUAUUCUUUUAGAGUGAAACAUGGCGUAUAAAUUGGACGCUUAGAAACCGUUUGUUUCCUCUUUGAGAAGUAACAGGCUCAUUACAAACCAAAAGCGAAACACACAUCGAACUCACAGCGCAUAAAUUUCAGAACUGAAUAGGGAUGGGGUCGUCUAGCGAGGUCGAUGCAAUGCAUCGGUUCUUAAUGUAUAAUACUAUUAGCUCGUGGCAGUAUAAUACAGAAGUUGUGUUUUGCACACGUCUUGACACAAAUAGCAAAGGACGCUUGCAAGUGGAAAACGCCUUGUAAGAACGAAAGAAUUAAUGAUUCGCAAUAUUCAACCUCUUGACCCGAUGCUUGUUCUGUGGUGCAGCGCUGCGUUCCUUGAUGAUGCUUGAGUAACUUUAAUCGCCUCGACGCUGUGUUCAAGAAUUCAUCAAGAGUUUGUAAUUCGCCUGAGCUGUGUGUCACGUUUAAAAUUUAAGGUCAGUUUUCGUGACAGAUGUACGGGUUAGCUUUAGGCAGGUUUUUCCAGAAAUUUACGCGACAUGUAGGAGAAAUCAGGUUGGAAACCACUAGCUCAAGCAUGAAUAUUCAUCACUCGAGGCAAAGCACAUUUUCAAUUCGUCACUGAUUGUCGCAAAAUACCCCACCAUGUUGUUUGUGAUUAUGACGUGGUUCUGAGGUCGUAUCACGGGACUAGAAAGAACAAGACGUAUUCCAGUUAGACCGCCAUUUUGUUUGUUGGAUAAGGGGUAGAGUGUUCGUUCGCGGAUCGAAACCACACGACUCUCCUCGAGGAAGCGUUACCACGCUUGUGAUCAAAUGAUCACGUCCGUUGAACGUAAACAGGUAUUUGUCAAGUUUCUCCUAGUUUCCUGUGCUUUGAAACAGUCGAAAGAACGUCGAAGAAAGCUCUACCUAGUAUUACAGGGCCGCGCUGACUUCGUGAUGUCUACAUUCGCUGUCGCUCUGACACGCAGACUGUUGGACUCGGGGAAUCAAAUUUUAAAAAUGAGAUAACUUGUUUGCAGGAUCCAGACUGCGUUUUCACCGUGUACAUUUAAGAGGGGAAGGGAAUAUUAGUAGUCUAGUGUGGUAGAACUAACUCUCUUUGAAUAAUAGGCGUUAGGGAGGGUUCGUGAGUAUGGCCGGUGAAACUCGUUCCUCCAGCGAUUUUAUGCACAGAAUGUCGAUGCACCGUUACUCACAGAAUGUUACAGUUGCCUUCGUAGAGAACACAACGGUUAUUCAGUCCAGAAGAUUCGCUGUUUGUUUUGCUUCUACUGGGAGUGAGAAAAUUGGUUUGAUUAAGAAAUACUUGACCAUGUCCUUGUUUUUUUCUCGUCGUAUUGUUUUUAAAGGGUUCUGUACAUGUGUAUUAUGAGCGAGUUGAAAGGUAGAAUUUGGAACAGUUUUUAAACGUGACUGAUACCUGUGUUCCAUCAGUCUUCCUACAAAUCUUCUGGUUCUAAUUUUACGUUUUAAAGAGAACUUGGAAUGCGAAGACGAAAGAACUAAUUUUCAGUGGGCAAAUUUUUAGACUCACAACUUGGUUGCUGUCCAACAACAUUCGAAGUAAAAAAUUUUCUUCAGCAACGUUUUGUUAUUAUCACACAGAUAGCUCCAAGUCCAGAGUAAAUGUGGGUCGAAAAGCCAAAAUGACAAAUUGUAAGCGUUUUUAAGGAUGUAUCCUUCAGUCGACUAGUGGUUUUUUCACGUUAAAUUUCCUAAAAACUUGGAUCGAGAGCACACUGUAUUAAACAAGGUAGACGAAGAUGUGUACUGUUUCCCUGUUCCAGGCUCAUUUCUUCUAGUAAGCUGUUAACCCACAGAUUGCUACGGGGUUGUUAUGAAGUUUCACCCUAGAAGGAGUUACAUAACAGAGGUGGCGUUGAAAGACUUCUUCUAAUUUGCAUAUUUCGAAGGUCGUAGGAAGUCGUAAUCGUCCAUAUUCGUACUGUACAAAGCAUGCAGCACAUAUUCCGAGUGAAUGAUCACGCGGUGUCAUGUUGUUACGCUGUAAUUCAGGGCGAAGUUCCUACGUAAACUUGCAGUGAACAGUGCCUUCUUUGCGUAGGGCCCUAGUUUGGGAAACAAGAUCAGAACCAUUCCUGUAUAGGUUUCAGAUUCAAUAAAUGGUAGUGGUGUUAAUGUUAAGUUCAGAAAACCGUUAACACUACCAAAGCCCUGAAAUUUGGAAUUCUCACCCAACAUCCAUCGACCAAGCCCCACACCCACAACUUAAUUACAAACAUACUGACAACCGAGUUAGGCCCCUCUAGAAGCUUGGUGGUUUCUUGGAGGUCUCCUCGAUCAACCAUAUCGUUGAAUUUGUAGAUAUACUACUAUUGAAUGAAUGAAUGAUGAUGAUGAUUUGAUUCUGACAGAACUUCUGAUGGUCCAGUUGCGCACUGACUGGCCUCCUUAAAGUACAAGACACGCGAGCAAAUCUCAAAUCCUGAGACUGGUUACUAUUGCUGUUUCUUAAACCCGAUUGGCUUUUUCCUUGAAACACAAUCACAAUUCUCAUGUAUUUCUAGUGUUACGGUUUUCUGAGUUUCAGAGUAAUCAGAUUUUAGAAAUCUCUACCUAGGGUUGUGUAUCAGUGCCUGUGAGCAGUCACUGUAGCCCAGUGAGUGUUAGGAUUGACCCUUCGAUGUAUCAGGGGGGAGAACUAAGCCAUACUUUUAAUUGUUUCAUGCUGUGGAGAGUUGUAUUUCAAUAUAAGGCUUUGCAGGCCGAUGUUGGCUCAAGCUCAAGGGUGUGUUGGACUUCCACUCAGAGUGGUGUGCUAGAGGACGUAUAGAACUCAGAAAAUGCAUGACAUCCACAAUAACCGUUUAUGCUGUAAACCCUUAGUGACACCAUUCGGUUAAGUCUUGAGUCCUUUCGGUACUUUUUCAAACUAUGUUUUAUUAUAAGAAUAGAAUACCUUUGUUAUCACUUCUGAGCUAUCCUACACGUUUGUAGGGAACCCUACUGAUAUUGGUUAUCUUAUACUUGUAUCUAAUCAAUGUUAUUUUUCUGCGAUUUGCAUGAAUGCUUUAAAUUUCGAAACUUAUUUCGUAUUUCAUAUUCACUAUAGAAAUAGCGAACUCUUUAACUUUUUUUCCCUGUCCCUGACUUUGAGGGGGAAUUCUUUGUUUAUUUAAUAGUGUUCUUUUUCGUUCUGGGUACAAUAUCAGACAACUGUUCUUAACCCUGAACAUAUCGCGAUGGAAUAGUUUUAAUCUUUUCUCAGUGUUCAUUCAGAAGAAGGAAUUUGCAGUUUGAAGCUUACAGAUUGAUCGUCGGUGUUUCUUCUUACUUCAAAUGGAAAUCUGUUUACUCCUGGUUGGUCAUCUUGAACGGAAGGAUCAAUAAAUUGGUAGCUCACCAAAUUUUUAUCUCGCAUGUCUUGCACGCCUCCCUUGCAUUAAAGAAAAGAAGAAGAAGAAGAAGAGGAAAGAAAAAGCCCAGCGCCUCGAACGCCCGUUGGCCUGGAACUCUGAAGGAUGUGAUUUAAAGCAUGUUUCAGAGUCCAGUUUGAUGGAAGAUGUUUUUCAAAGUUCAUUGCGUGACACUGUUUAAAGGCUUCGCGAACUGUUACACAACACAUCACUCUAUUUUGGACGUGUGACUUUUGUGUUUCUACUGUCAUUUUUUCCCCCAAUCUUUAAAAUCUGUAUAAACUGUUUUCGAUAACACCAUGGGCAUUGCAUUGUGUCAUCAGUCAUUAACGAAGUUUUGCCUCCUUGUCAAAUGAAUGCGACAAACUUUAAACUUUGGAUUUUACCGUAAAUGUCUUAUUUCUCGUUGUAUUUUGAUUGAUUGUGACUAGGCAGAGAUGUGGGAUGUUUUUUUUUUGGAUGGAACAGAACUCUGCUCUGCGUUUUGCGAAAAUCAGAGGGGAUUGUUUGUUUGAGGAUUUUUUAGCUCUAAUAUCUGCUUGUAACAAUGGUAUAUUCCGAUUUACGACAAAUGUAACUGAAAUACGAGCUGUUGAAAUAUUUAAUAAUCAUUUUGAGUUAUUCAGUCUCCGUAGAAAGAUUGGUAAACCCCGAGACACUCUCAAUUAAUUUAAGAAUUGGUCUCUGACUUCAGUGUAUUUUAAAGGCUUUUACAUGACACGCUUUAAGCGUUGCGUGAACUGUCACGCGACACCUCAAAUCAUGACGUUACAUUUAAUGAUUAUCACAUCUCUAUUCUUAAAGUUUAGCCGCUCUACCUUAUUUCUCAAGAUAGAAACUAAAGGAUGAACGGUUUGCCUAGCAGGUUAUUAUUAUCCCCGGGUUUUAGGGUACCGCUGCACCACGAGUGAUCGAUAUCGCGGACGUAUCUUGCUCCAACGAUGUCCCGGAUGAUCCUGUACAAAAUGGUGGCAAUAGUGUCGAGAAGAUUAUUCAAAGGUACGUGUAAUUAGAUUUGCCUGUCAAUUCCUUUACUGCCUGGGAAUGGAAACCGCAAGAAAUUUUUGCAUUUAAUUUAAAUCUUUGUUUCAGGGCAAAAGAUUUGGUUUACAAAUAAAGAUUGAUCGAGAAAUCCCAGCGUGGGCAAUCGAACAAGAUCGUCAUACGGUUUUGAAUUCGAAAACGGUCGAAUUUUAAAUUGCCGAAACACUUCGUCGGGAUCGAACCUAGUCGAAUGGCUCCAUUAGUAUAUUAAGUCUGUCCCAACCAACUGAUUUUUUUCUGUGACUUUGUUUCGAAGAAGAAAAAUUGCUGUGGUGCAAUAAGAAUUGGAAAAGUUGACUUAAUGCUUAAUAUUAAACACCCUCAUGCUUUUCUGACGUGUAUUAUUCCACCAUUGGGGCGUUGUGUGUUUUGCAUGUUUUAGUACAACAGAUGGUUAAAACAGUCAGCAUUUAAAGACAGUGUUUUGAUUCUAAUGGAAGAUAAGUCAUUGAAUUAGAUACAGUUUUUCUGUGAUCGAUUAUUUUUUAUAAGUUUGCCUCAAGCGGUCUCACGUAAAGUGUUCUGUGUUAGAUCACGGUCGAUUAUCGAAUGACAUAUUUAUGAUUUCAGCAGCUUGUAUCAAAGCGUUUAUAACUAUCGUUGCUACAACGUGAAUAUAAUUAUCUGAAUGCUACAAUCGAAGAAUCACCAUUUAUCGCCAAACGUGUAACAUUUACAGUUGAAAGUUAACUAAUAGAAAGGCCUGGUUGCCCAUAGAAGGAAGAAAUUAUGAGUAUUUCAUGUAGCAAAGAUAAGAAAAAAAAAAGACUGCUGAAAUUAAACAUAUGUACUACUCAUUUUUUACAGGAGCCUCAAUUUUUAUUCUGCAGAUAUAUUCCUGAGUUUCGUUUUAUUACGUGUUCUCGGAAUAUGAGUGAUAUGCUUUGUUUUUCCGAUGGCCAAAUUUAAAUUUACCAUCUGUCUUCUAAUUUGCAAACAAGACGCCUUCGAUCAAAGGCAAAAGGAAGGAUACUAGACGCAUGUGGAUUUUAAUAGUAUAUGACUUCAGUUAACCCUGAUUGAUUCUCCCCUAUAGCAGCUCGACAUUUCAUCGUAAAUAAGUUAGGAGAAUUUGGUGUCAGAUCCAGAUAACAACUUCUACUCAAUAAGUUUUAAUAUUCUCAUUAUACGUUUGCUUGAUGAUGUGUGGAUAAUACAACGGCUGAGGUUAAUUAUCCGUGAAAAACUUUGAAUUUUUGCUUUUGUCUCACGCUUGUGACUAAUGAUUCGUGACUGUUGAGGCUACUCCCUCCUUUAGGUGUUGAUAUCAAGUUUAUUUCUGAGUCGUACCGUAUCUUUGCAACACUACCUUCUAGCGUUAUUACACAACCUCUUGUUCUCUUCAAUGCUAUAAAAAUUGUGCCAUGUCAGUCGCCCAUACUGUCUCUGACUGUCUAUUUUUUUAUUUUUCUGAUUGUUUUUAGAUAUGCUGACCGAAAUAAGUUCGUGAAGAUUUUAGCGGAUAACUUAAAACAAUCCCCCGCAGUAAAAGCUGAAACACGCUAUAACGGCGAACAAGUGGUGUUACAACGCGAAAUUCCGGCAAGUAUCAGUAAAUGCAGUGUCGAUAUCAAGUCGAACCGUAUCUCUGCUAUACGCAGCCAAGGGCAGUGACAAUAUUUUUUCUUCUUUAUGCAGAUGGGAGAUGUCAAUGGCGUGACUGAAUCAACUGUCCAGGUUGUAAGGUACGAUGGGAAUGUAGACUGUCACACAACUAUUUAAUCAACCGUUACACAGCUGUUCACGUCACACUAAUUCUUUGACGAGUGUAACGAACUAUUUUAACUACCGUGAAAUGAUUAUCUAUACGAUUAUUCGAUAUUUCUCGUAUGUUUCUUUAGAAGGAAAAUUUUACUUAAACUUACACGCUUGAACUCUGAUAAAGCAAAUUAUUUUGUUUCUUCCUUGGGUUAUUCUUGCAAUAACUCUCUCUCUCUGUCUUUCCUUUUCUAUGUAAUUAGAGUUUUGUAAGAGUGGUUGUGUUUUCUGCGCACAAAAGUUUUCUAGAAAAGUCAAUUUUUUCUCUUUUAUUCUUUUUUCGCUCUUCUUAAGGUUACAUAUACAUGUUUAUCUACGCUAACUGUGUACCUUUGGUGUUGAAUUUAUUCCUCGACAGGAAAAACCUGAACGUUGAAUAUCAUGACGUGACUCUAGGUGAGGCAUUAUUGAAUUUAUGAGAGGUGAUCUGCAUUCAUAGGGAAAGAAAAACCUGAAUUGUCAAAAAAAUAGAUCGAUUCACCUCAACAUCAGUAUCUAUAUUCUCCGUGUCAUUCUGCAUUCUUUAUACAUUUCCUUUGAUGCUGACAUGGAGAAUUCAUUUUACAAUCAAAGCUUCUUAUGUUGGCGAUCAUUUCUUAUAUUCUCAUGAUCGUAAUGAAUGAUUCAGCAAUAUUACUGUUAUGAGAAAUUGCAUGCUGGUCACUCUAGGGUUUAAAAGGUUAGGAGCGAGAUUACAAUCGGCCAUUUUCGAGGUAUUCAAAACCUCUGUUUACAUGUACAUUGGGGUGUAAAUACAAAGCCUUUGACAUGUAAAAUAUUUUAUUUUUGUUUUCAUGCAAAUAAAAAUGAUGUACAGGGUACGUACACGGAGUUUUGUUCUUAUUCACAGUCCCUGUAUACGUCAGAAACGUUUCCUGUUCCAAGCACAUUAUGCAGGUUUUAAAAUUCAUACAGAAUUUUAAAUUAUGUUUGAUAAUAGAAGGACAGUUUUAUUGAUGUGUGAAGCUAUCGGUGAGUUUUAUCCCUAGCAUGAUUUACAGACCAACAUGCUUGUCGUUGUUGUGUGAUGAGCUGAUCUUAUGCUAUGGUCAAAUGCGAAUCUAAACUUAGAAAUCGGGCUUGAAACUGUCAUCAGAAUCACCCAACUUUAGCUCUAAAGGUGCAUUUACAUUAGUGGCUUUUCUUGGACAAGUUCACCCUUGACAUGUUUUCCUUUCUAGGGUAGAUAGAAUAAAAACAUACGACAAGUUUUUCUUCAAUAUUUCGUCACCUUGUCUGAAAUAUGUCACAACAGUACUUGAAUAAGGUCCUCGAUAAGGAAAAAUUUAUCAACGACGAAUUUUUUUACUGGUACAGUUACUAUAUUAGAACAGUACUUGAAUAGAUUGUAAAGUUUCGUUGGUAGGAAAUUCUUCUCCAUCAUCAUUUUCAUUCCUAUUGGUGAUACGAUUAUUUAGAAAUUAGUGUCGGAUUCAGUACCGCGGUUGGAAAUACCAACCAAAUCAAGGAUCGUUUCAAAAACUGAGUGGUGAGGGUUGCGCUAAUGUAUUCAUAUGUAACUUAUCAAUAUUCAAUUAUUAAUUGUGUGACUCUGUUUGUCUCCUGACAGCUGCCACGACCCUCAACAACGAAAGCUCUGAACCAGCGUCAGAAUUGAGAAAUGAACGUUCUGUAUUCGAACAUAUCAACAACAACUUUCGAUCUGCCGCUACCUUCGCUCAAAACCGCAUCGUCGAGACUGUACCAAAUGGGAAAGGAUCGGCGAAGGACGCUCGUUCGACAGCAGUGGAAGAAAAACAGAAGGCGUCGAGUAUGUGAAUUUUAGUUUGCUCCGUGUAAUAUAUAUCGUUUUUGUGCUCACGAGUGUUUCUCUAGCACAGUCGUUACAACAGGUUUUCUCUCAAGGCUUCUUGUUUUUUACAUGUGAAUGUUGUGCUUGAGGGAACAGAACACUCUAGAAUUUGUCAAUGCGGCAUGGUGUCUCGCUGACCAUGAUUGAUGUUUGAAAAUUCCUAGAUAAAUGAGGUUACCUUGUGCAAACUUCAGUCACCCCUAAAGUUACAUGUAUUAAUUUAACUCAUGAACCAAAUAUGAAGGGAAUCACUCUAUUUUGCCUCUAAGAGUUGAAGCUCUUUGUUAAUAGUAGUGUUGCGAGUUAAAUCCUGUAUUUGAAUUGUAUCUUUUUCGGUGGUCAAUGGCUAAACAUCAGCGUUGUCUUGUAUGUCUUAAGCGAGGUAACGUCAAUGUUCGUUCAUCUUGUUUACGUCUGAAUCAAUCGCCCAUCAAUUAAGUCAGAAAGAGCACUAAUGGACAAAUCUGAAUAUGCAUAUUAAAUUUUUCUAUUUUCAUUUUUUUGUCUUUUUCCAACUGACGCCACUUACUCUGUUUUGACUUCGCAGACACCGCAACGGAAGAAAGUAAUGUCCGUGAACAUGUAAGGGUUGCCUCCUACUUUAAACAGCAAAUUCAAAGAACUACUUCUAUGGAAGGAAACAGAGUGUUUCCUUUUUCUGAAAAACUCAGACAGUUAACAUCUAUAAACAAGGAACUUGGAAGUAGCAUGCCUCCUGCGGUGCAGCCUUUGAGAACGGGUUAUGAUGCUGUUACUUCCGGUCGGCCCCUACAACAAUUUCCACAGCUAAACGCGUCCAACAUGCGAUCAAAUGCCAUCCCAGCGCGUGUUAUAAACGGGCAGGCUAACCCUGUUGGGACUCAAGUGAUAAUUCCGACAGAGCGGACUAAGGUGGACUCGAAUUUAAUAUUUCCUUCAGUGACUCCGAUAAAAUACGUCAAUCCAGCAUCAGGGUCGAUAAGUGUUAAAAAUACGUAUCCCAAUCAGGUUCCUACGUCUGGAUAUAACGGCAAUACGAAUCCCGUGGCUAUUCAACCUUGUACUGUAGAUAAACCUGACCUGAUCAGUUUAGACUCCACGGGGAUUACUAGUGAAAAAGUAAACGUUGACAGAACUCAGACCAAUAUAGCAACAACUCAUCUAAUUGGUCCUUUUAUCGGUACUGGCACUCCUCCCCCGAAUACCUACAUUGCAGCUAUUAGACCUGUGCAUUCACAACCAUUGGCGAACGGAUUGCAAUCCCCAACGUGCCCACAAUUGCAAGCUGUUACUUCUCCAGUUAAGGGACAAGUAGUGGUGUUACCACUGCUUUCACCUGCAGGAAUACCUUGUGGUGUGAUACCUCCACCUGUUUCCGUGAAUGCUUUGGAGAGAAACAAUUUACCGAUUCGAACGCAUCCAGACUUAAUUUGCCCUGAGAGACUAACAUCUUCACCCGAUAUACCGGAGAGGACGUUUCGACCAGUUUCCCCUGCUAAAUGUGUAAUCAAUGCCGGUAUUUCUGGCCAUACGCGAGUUUCGCUUCAACCACCGAAUGUUUUUCGUUCUUUACCGCCUCAAACUGGAUAUUCAAUCUCCCCGAGAACAAAUAGUCUUAACAGAAUGGGCUCUGUGGAAGAGGAGCUUGCGGAUCAAUCUUACGAGUGUGCCUUGCGUGAGUCAGCAAACAGCCCUGACAUAGAAAGGUACUUAAGCUGCGAGUCACCUAUUACGGUUCGGAGUUCUUCAAACAGCCAACAAAUUGAAAACGUUUGUGAAAUCAAUACUGACGAAUCGAUUGUUUCGCCUCAUGUGGUGUGCAAUGGGGAUUUGGAAGGUGUUGACAAUCCUCCUUCAAAUUUGGAACAAAAUGUAAGUGAAUGCGUGGAAGAAUAUGUAGAAGAAAGUGUAAAUUGCCUUGGGGAAUGCCUGGAAGAGCGUUCUCCCGUUGAUAAGACAGAUGUAGAAAACGUUGAAGACGUAGAAUAUGUCGAAGACGUAGAAAAUGUUGAAGACGAAGAAAAUAUUGAAGACGAAGAAAAUGUUGAGCACGAAGAAAGUGUCAAAGACGUAAGGAACGUUAAAGAUGUAGAAAAUGUUGAAGAAGAAGAAAAUGUUGAAGACGUAAGAAACGUCGAAGACGUAGAAAAUAUUGAAGACGAAGAAAAUCUUGAAGACAUUGGUGAAGACAAGGGAGGUAACUCCAAGAAAAAGCAAAACAAAGCAAUGAUUCGCCGCCUUGAGCCCAGGCUUCCAUCGCCUGUCCGUGAAACCAGCGUUGGGGACUUGUACCGAGACCCAAGCCAAUUAACUCGUGAAGAAAGAGCUUUACAAAGAGCAAUGAUGCAGUUUAGUGAAAUGGAAAUGAAAGAGAAAUGUAAAGAAAUGAGGAAGAAAGACUCGUUCAAAAGGCGGCUACGGAAAAGACACAAGGUAUUGUAUCCGCGCUUGAAUUAGUUCAGUUUUCCUUUUUGUUACACCCAUUUUGAAAUCACUGGUGGUCCCUCUAAUCUGAUUGGCUCUAACUGGUGCGAUUUAUUCACGAAUCGCACCAUUUUUUGCUUUAAAUCGCAUUUUUUUCUCAGUCAGUGAGGAGGCUACACUAAAAAAAAAAACAACCAAUCAGAUUUCAAGUCUUGUUUAAAGUAACCAAUCAAAUUGCAGGACAGAGUAUCAUGUGGCAAAUUUUGCAAGUUUUGUUUCCAAAAGUGUAAUUUUUUUCCUCCAAAAAAAGGGAUACAUUUAAUUUCAAACCGACUCAGUACUGCAUCAAUAAAAUAUUUGAACUGACCAAAUUCUGUUUUUGGGCGAUUUCAAAAUGGAUGUAGUAACGUGGUAAUUGAACCUCGCGUAUGAUUUCAGCCCUAAUUGCACUCCACUCAAUUCAAUUACCAUUAUUAAUCAUGAUGUUAAUAAUCUAGGUAAAAUACAGAUAAUAUCUUGCUAGCGUGUUUUGGUUACGAAGGGUAGGUACAUUUCGAGGUAGAUAUCCAAACAGGUUGGUUUUUAAUCAAUUUAUGUCCAGAAGGUGGGAGAGAAAUAAUCAUGACAUUAAAAUUAACAAAUAGUAAGAAAAGAAAAGUGGAGCCUUUAAUUACUUAUGAUAGAUAUUUUUUAUUUGUUCCGUGUACCGUGGCUUUGUUUCUCACUGAACUGAAGCAUUGGAGCUUACUCCAGUUGGCUCUCAAGAUGUUUCUUGACCUCCUUAGCUCAUUGGUUAAUAUUUCUGGAAUGUUUUAAUAUCUUUUCUAGGCUGUUCACAACUUGUACAUUUAGUUCCGAUCGUAGUAGUCAAGUUUUGUCACUAAAGGACAUAUUUUAGUUAAUAGUGUAGUUUCUCACGACUUAAAUCCUCCCUGGAGUUUAGAGCUUUCUACCAAGCGCUUCUCCAGCUGAUACGUCAUUUAAGGUGGCAUGUAGGCUUAUUUGACUAAUAUAAAGUCAGCUGGAGUCUCGCCACCUUCGCCAGACGUGAUAAUUCACUGCUUUCCACCAUCCCGAAUCUCGAUGGGUUUCGAUGCUUCCUACUGAGCUGUAGCUCAUCAAUAAUUUGUGUUUGAUGUUUACAUUAAUUUACUUUUAGUGUAAUAAACACAAGUUAUCAAACCUUAAGCAAGUCUUUCUGAAGAAAAACCUUCCUCCUUUUGUAGUUUAAUGGAACAGAAAAAUUUCUUUGUGUAUUUAAUUCUGUUUGAUUUGAUUUUGUUUAUACUAGGAAAAAUCAACUUUACCAAAUGAUGGAAAGAAACAAACAGGUAGAAUUUUCAUUAGGCUCCAACUUAUUCUUUUUCUCUUAUUUUUAUCUGUCGAGUACACUUUUAUCCAAAGGAAACCACCCACCUAGGGAAAAUUUUUAUCUUAACAUCGCUGUAUAUUUGCCAACCUAAAGUGGUAUAGUUAAAAUGAAUUAUUGGAAUUUUGUGAAAUGUAGGGUAGUGCAUCGUACUGUGGUUGUACGGAAUCUUUGUAGUGAACGGUAGGGAUAAGUUUAUUUGUGUAAAUUUUUUUCUUGUAGUAAAUUUUUUUUCGUGGUAAUCAAUUUCGGUCUUGCGUGUACUUGUUCCUCUGUAUGUACGCUUUACUAGUUUUUAAGGUAUAAUUAAUUCCUUUCUUUCUAUUUUGUAGCAACAAAGGUGUGGAUAAAGAAAUUUAAGCGGAGAGUAAGUAGAAAAAACCUCUUUGUCAUAGUGGACAUUUUAACUGGGAAUCAUGGGGAACAAAAGUUAAUGGCAGGUGCAGUAUUUGGCCUGGUACAAUUUAACCCCCCCCCUUAAAUUCGGAAUCAGAUUUGUGUUUUUAUAUACUUAUUUAUUUCCAACUUGCUUUGCAGCGGCUUUGGUUUUCUCAGAGGAGAAGUAUAAUGGUGAAGUCUACAGGUAACUUAUUUGGCUAAGUGUGCGAAUUGAAGAAGCUUGUUCUUGUUUUGUGCGUUUUUAAAACAUGGGCCCAUAUUUUCAUCUGGGCCAUCUGCAGUCCAUUUGGACCUAGUCUUACUCCUACUCUAUUUCUCUUCCUAUCUUUCUCUUUUUUUAUCACUUUAAACCGUUAAAUUUACUUUUUCUCUCGUUGAAGAAGAAUGACUCAAAAUGUUGUAAUGGACUCGAUUUGAUGAGUCAAAAAACCAAGUUAGGGAAUGGGUUGAACUCUUGUUUUCAUUUAUUUGUAUUUUAGUUUCUUUUCUAUUUCAUCCUUUCUUUUGUUCGUCUAGUCUUGAUUUUCUUCUAUUAUUCAUGGUGGCCAAAGCUAUGUUACUAAAAAUUAUACCGAGUCGUGUCAACUAUUAGUAAAAUGUUUGUCAGGAUUUGAUCAUGAUGGCGUAGUUAGGAAAUUCAAAGUUACUUUUGUACUCUCCCACCGACGAAGCACCACAGUUUCUUUAGAAACUUACCCCCUUAAUUUAAAGGUCACAGAUAGGUUGUUUCUAAUGGUCAGAUUGGGAUUCAGACUGGUAUUGUUAAUUUUUGUAUCGUAUUGGUCGAUUUCUUCGUUUGUCUUGGGUUAUAAGACGUUUUUCAUUGUUUUUCUGACUUUGUCUUUUACCUCUCAGGCCAAGAGGACAAUUCAACGGUGACUAGCAGUGAAAAGCAGACAGCAACUGUCACAAAGAAGCGGAGAACCAGCUUAUUGCAGAAUGGCGUAAGAAUGCUUCUAUUCAAUUGUUCGAUGCUUCCAUGGCAUUAUGGAACGUGGAGUGAUUAUGCCCCAAUAACCCUGUAAUUUCUUGUUUCUGAUUAGGAUGAGCAACCCAAGUUGAAACGAAUUCGUGUGGAAAGAGGUAAGUUGUAUAACUAAAUUUAAUAACUAACAACGAGGUGCAAAAAAGCGGUCGAGAAAGGACACUCUUUAGAUUACAAAAGCCAAAUUUUUUUACUUUUUACUCGCAAAAACCUAAAAUUAAAUGACCAAAGGGCAAAAAAUAAAAAAAAAACGAUUUCCAGAAUUUCAAAACUGAAAACUUUCGAGAAUGUUAAAACUGAAAAGGGUCUAAAUCGGAGAAUUUAGCACAUGCUUCUCAAGACUGAUACUUUUUUUUAUUAGGAACAACCGCUCUAACCCCUCCAAAUAGAAUUUUAACUCUGAUUUUAAAGAUUUUGUCUUCUAGUUUCGAAUAUUUAGGCUCUACAUGUUUACGAUAAGUUCUGAAAUGUUUAUCAAAGCUGUAAGGCCCUUAUUCAAAUCCUGUUGCGUUUUUGUGCGUGACAUUAUCGUGAUACGUUAUUUCGUGACAGUAAAUAAUCCCUCAGACCAGUCAUUACCCGUUUAUGUUAUUAAUAUUUUAUGAUAAUCUUUUUUUGGUCGCAGAGAAACGAGCUUUUGUUCCCAAACCAAAGGAUGCCCCACAAGAAGCAGCUGUUUUACCGAUGCAACAAACCACGGUAAAUAUAAUCAUCUUUUUUCCUAGUUGUGACCAUUUUCCAAAUUUUUCGCGUUGCUGUGUUUCUCGACAUUUAGGUUUCGCGGAAAUGUUUUCUGUUUAGUUCAUAACAUAAACAAACCGACAGUCGAUAAUGCUGUGAAUUCAUCUUGCUAACCAGAUGACGAGUUAUUUGUGGUUUAAGGCUUCGUAUACCUAACUUUGCCCAUAUUUGGAUUAGUUUCGAAAUGCACCGGUAGUUGAAGGUAUCAUUUGAUCAUUCAGGUCGCGCUCGAUGUCGGACGAAUCAUGUUGAAAAGCAAUCAACACGUUGGUUGUUAAGACACGUUUAGGCACGUUAGAACUAUGUGUCUAGGCACUUGCGAUAGUUUCGUUCGAAGAAACUUCGUGAUCUUAAUUAAAACACAUGCGUUCAGAAUAUUUGAUGUAAUGAUAUUCGCAAUAACUGUAAUUGGAGAUAAAAUUGUUGUCAACUGAAAUUUGAGAGCGAAAAGAGAACAUCAAAAAAAGCAAAAAAGAAUGCAUAUCUUUAUCAUUGCAUUGAAAUUAUCUUAUUGGCUUUUCACGAUGCUAAAACAUAGCUCAUGCUUAUGAAAUGUGUUUUUCUUUUUGUGGUUUCGGUUUUUUUAGAAAGGGACACCUUUGUUUGCAUAUUGUGUGGUUCUGUUCAGAGGAGCCAACGAAACACCGAAAUGUAAUCGAAGUUUCUUAGUUAUGUUAAUAUGUUUUUUGACAGGCGCUAGGUCUUCUUCUGGGUCUGGGAACUAGUUUUGCAAAGCUGAACAAUACUCGUUAUUUUCUUGCAGAGGAUGCAACCUUUUCAUUUGCUCUGAUGUUUGUCGUAAAAUUUCAAAUUAAAAAAAGUCGCUUAAGUUGCUGGACAAUUUCCCUGCUCCUUUCACGUGAAAUUAUGUACGCUGAGAAAUGAUUUCCCACUUUUCACUAAACCAUUUUCCUCUUUUAUUAGAACAAACCUGUUAAAUUGAAAAGAAGCUCGAGCGAAAGUGAGUAUAACUUGCUCCGAUUUUGAGUUUCUAUAGUUGUUUCAUGGUUUAGAUUCACAUAGUUUCUUUUUUCCUCCAUUUAGCCUGUGCUCCUAAGGAUACCAAAAAGGAGAACGUUCCAGAAAAACAUUUAUGCAAAAGACCCUCAACCCCCGUUGAAAUGGGGAAGAAAGCUGUUAAACGUGCGAAGGUAGAGAUAGAGCCGCUGCGAGUGAACAAGCAGGUCAGUUGAUGUAGUUUCGGAUCAACAGAACACUUGUGACCGUUCUUCUGUUCAUAGAUGAAAUUGCAGAUGGAUUUAUUUCUUUUAUUAUAGUCCCAAUCAAACAAACUUUUAUUUUCACGUGCCACUGGCCCCUUUUUAUCUUUCUAGCGUGUUUAGGUUAUCCUUAGUGUUUUGGAAAGGAAGGAAAGUCUCCUUAUAACGCUUAAGGUCUUCUCUUUAAUCUUUUUGUACUCUUUUGAAAGAUGACAUUCUUUUUUCACGCUGUCACUGUAUUUGAACGAAAGAAAAUCAAAACUUCACACGAAAGAGAUUUGAUGUCGUCCUCAGGGACCACUGGAAGUUUUCCUUUAGUUUUUUUGUUGUUGUAAAAUUUCACACUUUCUCAUAAUUUUUUGCUUUCCUUUUUUCCUUCUCAGGAAGUUGUUGUGGACAAAAACGGUAAGUUUUAGCUUCAUGUCAGAUGAGAUCUUGAAAAGAAAGAUUGCUGUAGUAACCCUCUAACUCCCAUGAGUGACCAAGACAGAAUUUCUCCUUACAAUAUCAAUACAAAUUCAAGAAGACAAGUAAUGAGAACCAAGACAAUUAUCAAUAAGGGGAUUAUUAGAUGAUCCAAUACCAAAUUCUCAGAAGUAACAUCAGAAGAAUUGUAUAGCAGACAGUAAGGAGAAUUACCAAUGAAAGGGUACAGGCGGUACAGGCGGAUGCUUCCUGUGACUCAAAGAAUCUCUCUAUGCCCCAUAUGAUACUUAAAGAUUAUAUGUAUGGUGGAAUUAUUGACAUCUGUUUGCGUAGGGAAAGGAAACGUUUAAGAUUUAUCAUAGCAUAUAGCACUCUUCUGUUGAAUUUAUCGUUUUUUAUUUCAAGGACGGACGAACGACAGUCAUAUAUUUCAUCUAUGAGCGUAAAACCCAUUUGCUUGUGACAAAAUAAUGAUUUCUUUUUAUUGCUAUUCUUAGCUAAAACUGACCGAACUCAUCGUGUUACCAAGACGUACAUGUUGGUCACGGCGUAUCAAGGUUUUAGGGUACGUUAACCUCUGCUUUUCAACAUUCUAUUUUGCUCUAAAAAACGCUGUUUUCUUAGUAACUCAAAUUUGUGCGCACACGAUCCGUGGAAAUCAAAAGGGCGACAUUGUUCAAAACGUCAAGGAUCAACCCUAAGUUUUUUGUUAACUCAUCCAAAACAUCUUUCACUUCUUUACUUUACAUUCACAAGGAACAAUUUUUCUCUUAAAACUGUCAUUUGUUCCGUAACGUCAGCCAAUUCCUUCAUGUACUGUUGGCACGGGUAGAAAUGUAUCCUCGUGCGCUGUAAUGUGUGAGAGACAUGUGUGAGGCAUAGUGCAUGCUGCCUAAUAAUUCUUGUCUUGAACAGGAUUUCAAGCCAGUGGUUCUCGAAUCUCGGACGCGUGGAAAGUCCAAGCAGACGGAUGGUGGUAAGUGACGAGGCAAGGCAUUGAUAAGGGUCAAAGUUAUGUUAAGGCAAAUCCGAAAGGUGUUACUCAUUUCUUCUUAGGUGAGAAAAAAGGGAAGGGGGUUGUGGAAAAAGUUUGGGACCAAUAUCAGUCCUGGGCAACUGCCCACCUACCCCUCCCCUAAUCCAACAUUUACCCUAACUUGUUAUCAAUUGACUGUUGUUGAGUUAGGGGAGGGGUAGGUGGGCAGUUGCCCAGAUACUGAUAUUAAUCCAAAGUUUGUUUAUCAAAAAGAAACCUCGAAAGAGUAAAUAGUUCACCAAGGAAGACAAACUCCAAAGAGGGAGAAAUAAAAAAAAAAAAGUGAGCGAGGAUCGUUUGGAAUGAAUAAGAAUUAUCAAAGAGUGUUUAACCCUUUACCCCCGAACAUCAAUAAGCAUCUUCUCCAUACUGUUCUCCAUACAUUUCCAAAGAGGCUGACAAGGAGAAUUUGUUUAAGAGUUGCUUUAGUUGGUGAUCAUCUCCUCUGUUCUCAUAACUUUCAUGUUUGAUUCAGGGGUGAUCUAGUAAGGAGAAAUUAGAUGCUAGUCCCUCUGAGGGGCUAAAGGGUUAACUGAGAAAAAGCUUAAUUUUUGUGGUCCUUACAUUAAAGUUACUGAGAGUGCCAUACGUUUUUACCCAUUCUUUUUUGGCGUUUACCACAGGAUGUUUAACAAAAAGGAAAAAAACUAAACUAAACACAAAGCAGAUCAAAAUUGCGUCAAAGUUGCACGAAAUUUGCUGCAAUUUCCUAUUUAUAUUCGGGUUAAACAAUUACUUUCACACAGUCCAGCCAAAAACUAUGAAAUUCUUAUGAUAUUUAACAAAGGUACUUUCUGCUUACCUGCCAAUAACUGUAAAUAUUCGUAGUGAAUUGUGAUGCUAAUAAAUUAUUUUUCAGUAGAUGAAAAUUCACUCAGUUUCUUAAAUACCGCUUUUUUAGAAAGCCAACCAGACAAUGAUAAGAGUACCACAAAGACGUCUGAGUUCCCUUUGCUGGUAGUUGAAAGUGUUAACUCGAAACCCAUCAGAAAAAGUAUCAUCGCUGAGAAUGAGGAGGUCCAACAACUUGUAGAGAAUUCUCUAAAAGCACGCGGAAAAUGGGAGUUGGAUGACUCUGUCGAAGAGGUAAUUCUGUUUUAGGAAAUCGGAUAUAAUGCAGUUGUCGAUAUGUUGAUAAGUUCAGAGAUGAUCACUUAAAAUAGCCCCAGUUAGUAAUCGUUUGUUGAUACGCUUGGAGUUGAAAUUUGUUUUGGUCUGGGUCUUGUUCCGUGUGCAGUUUUGCCUGCCGUUCUCUAUAAAUGAAAGUUCGAUUUAUCCUUGAAAGAACUUCGUAGAUAGUUUCAUCUUUUGCUAAGAUUUUAGAGAGUAUAUCUAUUAUUUCUCUAUUAUGUGUUCCUGUAUCAUAUAUGACCGAUGUAGAAAUCACCAGCAGGUCUUUAACCAGCUUUCUUCUGUCCCCUUUCGUAGAAAACCAGUGAUGAUGAUACCUUGAGAGGUAUGUGCUUUCCGCAGUUUACAAGGAGUUUGAGUAGUUUGUUGUUUUUGUUAGAACUAAAGCAUCAUGAACACCCUCCGCCUCGACUAGCUUUUCAGUUCUGCAGGACGGAAACUGUGAAUAAGUUUUCGUUUUAUCCCUCCUUUCCUUUUCCACAUUUAUUCAAACUAUCUCUGUAAUGGCCUCCCAUUUCUCAGCCCCAUUCAAAGCGGGAACGAUAAUCAGAGAUUACGUGCGUAUCUCUUGUGGUGACCACUUCUGGAUGUUUCUUGUAGAGGCCAAGAAGUUGAAUGUGAAUCGCAACACAGGGGAAACCAUAUUGCACAAAGCAGCUCGAUUAGGAUACCACGUGAGUACCGAGAAUGCCUUUGACUACUGUACUUCUUAAGGUGUGGAAAUGGAAACAGCCAAAGACAUCUGUGAAAUAUCACGACUAAUACAGAGCGACACAAUGAAUGCAUCGUGCUUUUAAUAUUUACCAGGAAACGGUUCAUCACCAUAUCCAUCAAGGUGUCGACCCGAACGCCAAAGACAACGCUGGCUGGACGCCGUUACACGAGGCUUGCUCUAGAGGCAAAGUUGAUGUCGUCAAGGUGCUUGCCAAGUACGGUGCUGACGUAAACGCCUGCUCUAAUGAUGGCAUUCGGUGAGUUUAACGUUUCCUCUUUUUAUUGAACAAUUAUCGCUCAUCUGCUCGCUCAUGCACGCUUGCUCUUACUCGUUCAUGCGUCCACGCACUCAAUUUUCAGUCAGUCAUUCACGCACGCACGCACGCACGCAUACCCUAACUCACUCUUAGUCACAUAAUCUAGCGGUCCUUCACUCACUCACGCGUGCUUACUCGUUCGCUUUCUCUUUUAUUUACUUUUUUAUUCGUAUGUUUACACCUGGUCGUUAGACCCAUUCAUGACGCGGCAGAAGGAGGUUACGUGGAUGUGCUUAGGGUUUUGUUAUCGUACGGUGCAGACCCAAAGCUUGCAACGUACUCCGGGAACAGCGCCCUUACUUGCACUAAAGACUCCAACACCAGGGCUUUCCUAGAAGGUGAGGGGGCACGUGACCCAAAUAUCUUUUUCGAUUUAUCAACUUCGUCUGAUCGAUUGACCGGCUUAUAGACACCUUGACUGACUGAACGACCCAUUGAUUGAGUGAUUGUUUCUGAAAAUGCGUUGCAAUUCUUUUGUGCUCAUUGGUCGAGGUGAACCUUGGAUGUUAGGGAAACACGUGAUUUACGGGUGCUUGAAUAAAAUUUGGUAACAAAACAGACUAGACUACAGGUAGAGAGUUUCUUCCUUUUUUCAAAAUGUACAUCGUCUGACAUUUUCUUUUGUAGUGAGUUAUGAUCACGGUUUACACCUUUUAGUUUCAUUGCUGAAUUGACUUGAUGAUCAAUAACUUUACGCCUAACUCAUCGUGUUUUAUUUUCUUCGUCAGGUUUUCUCGAGGAUGUUGAUUUGAAGAACCCUCCGAUGACUGCAACAGAAACUGAGGUGACUAAAAGAGACUACAACUGAGUUUUUCUUCCAACUAUGUAUCGAUUGAAGUUGAGUUCUUUGCUUUGAUGGUGCUUGCUUGACAUGUUUUUUUUCCUGUUUUUUUGGUUUUUUUUUUGGCUCGUGUAGGGAUGCUGGGAAUUUGAUGGAUCAUGUGCUGUCAUGGGUAAGUGAGGGUUGAAGUCAUGGAACUAACUUUUUAACUGAACUGCAUUGUAUAGUAAUUGGCUUAGAAGUGAAUUCCUCACCAAACUUGAUGGCCAUCCAGGGGUUAACCAAUAGUCGUGGUCGAGCCUGAAUGUGGCUUAAUCGUUCUUGGCUUGUUUGGCAUCGCUUUAAACGGGUCAAUAUGUCACAGAAUUGUGUGCUUAUUUCUGAAAUGGACAUAGAUUUUGUUUUUGGUGUGGUCAAGAAUUCUCGAGUAAUUCUCUUUACUUUCUGCCAUACGAUUCUUAUGAUGUGGGUUUGGAGAAUUUGGUAUAAGAUCAAUUAAUAAUCCCUUGAUGGAUAUUUUCUUUAUUCCCAUCUCUUGUCUCCUUGAUUUUGUAUUGAUGUUGUAAGGAGAAAUUCCGGCUGUCCUGGUCACACAUGAGAGUUAAAGGGUUAACUCUCAUGUAAACUCUCGUGGUUACAAAUUGCACUCGCCCGUAAGGCGAGUGCAAAUUUUUAGUCUUUGAAAAAUUUACAAGUGCUUAUUUACACCAAAUUUCACGAGAAAUCAUUUUGUUACUUAUCAAUAAUUAAAUUUUGACAGCGCUCGCUAAUUGUAAUUUUCACUCGUGUUACAACUUUGCAAUCGUAUUACAUGAAAAUGCACUCGUUUUCAGCCAACCAGAAGCCCGUAAAUUUUUCAUGUAUAUUGUUACGUAAAGUACGUGCUUACAUUUAAUAAUGGUUAUGAUGUCCUUGAUUUAAAUUUUGCACAAAUGAUUAAAGCUUGUGUUUAUUAUUGUUAUUUUUACUAAUAUUAGAUGAGUCACUGGAUCACAUGUCUGGAAUAUUUGAGGGAGUUCCUAAGAUUGAAACUGUCCCGGAUGGAGAGUUUGAAUUAAGUGACAGACCUCACCUUCCAACCUACAAUCUGCCAGUUAUGGUGAAUGAUGAAUUAACAUCUGGGUAAGGAGGCACUUGUUUUUGAGAAACUCUGGUCUUUUUUUUUCACUUUUUCUUCCUCUUUUUUUAGAAUUUAGAACUUAUGAAAUAGUUGUUUUUAUACGACAAUUGCUUGAACUUUGUCAAGGACAUUAUUGCAUUUAUCCAGGGCUAUCAGUGCAUGAAUGAUUACGAUGCAGUUUGUUGCACAAAUGUUUGGCCCAUUGAAUAGACCAGAAAAGGAUGGCCCUGGAUAAUUUGCCAAAUGAAAGAGAAGUCUAAAACAACGGCAACAAACCAAUGAGCAAAGAGAUUUUCUCGAUAUGAAAUACCCCGAACUCUGGGUGAAUUCACAGAGAAUUAGUGUAGUGGUUAGCACUUACCCUCCAUAACCUUACUUCAUGUAUAUACUGGGAGACUCCGGGGUAAUUCAUGUCGUCAUACACUUAAACACGUGAUUUACGUGUAUCUCUGAUUCGUUUCGUCCAUCUGUUCUGUUCCUGCUAGGCGAAGAAAUUACUUCCUCCUAUCCGAUGUCUUGGAGCAUCUUGGAAUAAGCCGAGGGGCUCUGAUUAAAAAGGCGAAAAGAUUAGACAUACGAGAAAUGCCCUGGUCCCAGUUUAUGGCAGAAAUUGCCGACAGACCCCUUUGUGUUGUACCAAAACACACCCCAGCGGAUAGCAGCACCCAUGAGGCGAUGGCGGAACUUGUUCCUAUAAACUACAAUCUUAGGAGACUCCUAAACAUUAGAGUGGAAUCCGUUCACAUGACCUGAAAUCAGGAAGCAUCCACCAUAUCGGAACCAAAGUCGGGCGCUAAGGGUCACCUCUCAGCUCUUUAGAGAUAAAUGCCGUUCACAAAACGGAUAUGAAACCUCUCCGAUCGGCUUGAAGAGGAAGCGAAUGAUCUGAUGAUGCGAUUUUAAAUAAUGUUCCCUUUAAAUGGACGUAAAUCAUCGCUGUUACCGUUGGAAGUAUGUUCGCAAGCACAUUUAAAUUGUUGUAAUAAGCUCUCGGCCAGUAGAACAGCAGAGUUGUCGUUAAUUUUGCAGUUUAGUUCUCGCCGAUAACCAAAGGGAUUGAAGGUUAAGGGUUGUCGAACUUUUUGGUGGGGAAAAGACAUUUUCCCAAUGUUUUGCUGAGUUUUGUAUGUAAGGAUGGGCAUAGUUACGUUUGUAAAAGAGAAAGGUCACGAGUCUAUUUUUAUACAUUUCCUUUGGACAUGAGCAGGAAAAAAAGGAGCGAAACAAUUUGCUUUCCAACAUCAUUGUAUCGAGCCAGUGGUGGAAUGAAGAAACAUUUUGUUGUCGUGUCUGGUGUUUCCUUUGCCAAUAAGUUGCCGUAACUUAAAAAGUGAAAGAUAGCAGGAAAAUGAAGAAUUAAAAAAAUAGUUUUUAUUUGUAAAUGAUGAAGUAGCAUGUUCUUGAUGGAGCUGCCAGCAUCUUUAGCGCAUUCAGGGAAAUGUUUCGCAGGCUACAAUGAUAAACUGUAAAUUUGCCAUUUGUCAAGAAUAUCUUAUUUUGCGCUCAUUACAACUCUCCAUUUGGACUGUCGUUUUGCGUUUGGUUGUGGUGUAUUCCUUAGAAAUCUUGCAUCAUUUACAUCCGUUGACGCUUCACCAUUAACCAUUUAACCCCUAAGAGUGAUUAGCAUCUAAUUUCUCCUUACAGUAUCCCCACUGAAUCACACAUCAAGGUCAUGAGAAUUAAAGAAAUGAUCGUCAACUGAAGAAGC